UCGGGCCGCGGCCGGCCAGUCCUCGCCCGCGCGUCGCCCCCCGAGCACCUGUUCGGCACCUGCCCGUCGACGACCCCGCCCGCGACCCGCGACCCACGCCAUGGCGCCCAAGGCCGUGUUCGCGGCCCGCCGCGACGAGGAGCGCAUCGACCGCAUCAUCAGCUGCAUCAAGUACACGCUGUUCUGCAUCAACAUCGUCGGCUUCAUGGUGGGCGCGGCCCUGUUCGCCAUGUGCAUCUGGAUGCGCAAGGACCCCGGCAUGGAGGACUGGGUGACCCGCCUCGACCUCUGGGAGUUCUACUCGGGCAUGUACGUGCUGCUGACGGCCUCCAUCCUGGUGCUGCUCACCACCUUCGUGGGCUGCUGCUCGGCGCUGACGGAGAACCGUCAGGCGCUGCUGCUGUUCGCCGCCGCGCAGGGCUUGUGCUUCCUCAUGGGCCUGGCCGGCACGGCCGUGCUGCUCGACUACUCGACGUACAACUCGCACAUCCAGCCCAUCCUGCGCCGCGUCUUCCGCCAGCUCAUCAUGAACUCGCAGUACGAGGACGUGAGCUACGUGCUCAACCAGGUGCAGGAGUCGGUGUCGUGCUGCGGCGCCGACGGCCCCGGCGACUACCUGCAGCUGCGCAAGCCGCUGCCGUCCGAGUGCCGCGACACGGUCACGGGCAACGCCUUCUUCUACGGCUGCGUCGAGGAGCUGACGUGGUUCCUGGAGGAGCGCGCCGCCUGGGUGGCCGGCAUCGCCAUGACGCUGUGCUUCUCGCACGUCGUCAACGCCGUGCUCGCGCUCCUGCUCGUCAAGGCCCUGCGGCAGGAAGAGAAGCGCGGUUGAUGCGCUCGUCUGCGAAGAGAGAAAAUUUGAAUGAUGUACUGCACCCAUUUUGUUCAGUGAAUGGAAAAGAAUGUUGUUUCUUUUUCCUUGGUAUUUUUUGGUGCGGUGCGGCAGUGCCGGUCUCGGCCGCGGCGCGAGUUGUGAAACUGAUAGCGGGAGCGUUAUCUCUCUGCCGCACAGGUGAAGUGUUCCACUACGCGCCGCCACGACACAAGGUGCAGCGCCCCCCCCCCCUCUCCCCUCCCGCCUCUGCAUCGACAGGCGGCUCCCCGGUGUACAGCCUCGUACACUUCUCGGUGUAAAUAAGUUCUUCUUGGACUAUGAAAGAUCAGCAAAUUUGUCACCACCGCGAAUGCCGAUUGUCGAAUGUGCAUAAAAAUGACAUGUCAAUGUAUUUUUAUAUUUUUAACUUAUGACUUGUUAUUUUUCUAUUGAUUUCCAUGGGUCCUUCCAGUGAGUUUUCGUUCAGUUACCGUCCUUCGCUAGGUAUAUAUACACGUAUCACGUCCUAAGAAUCUGGGUGUGUUCAUUGUUAUCUCUCUCUCUUGCUCUGCCAAGAUAAGGGGAUAGGCUUUCGCUUGUGACUGGGAGAGGGAAGGUUCGCUGGCUGGGCGUGGCAGGUCCGUCCAAAAACUAUAUGACAGACAUCAUUUUAUGCAAAUAAUGGACCCCGAUGUGACUGCGGAAGGUCGAUCAUUUCUAAUCGAAACGUAACAAGUUGAAUUAUUAAUCAGGCCAACGUCUCGCGCCGAGCCGCCUGCUCCUCAGAACAAUAUUGAUUUAUUUCCAAUCAUGCAUAUUUAUUCAUAACUGACGCACCCCUUGUGUUUCACCCAUUUUUUCCGAUUGGGCGUGCCCGAUGGCUGAUUAUUUAUCGAUCCGUUUGAUGAACUGCCAUAGCGCGCCUGUUGUGACAAAGCGCCCCGAAUGCAAAUGUGCUUCGCGCUCUCCCUCGCUGGCGCGCCUUUCCUUUUCCCAGGUGACAAAGUCGUUCAAGUCUCCUUCUCUGUACAGUUGGACUCCUAUAUUUGUACCGUAAGAUGAAAAGUAGUUCAAGUUUAAGUUAUUUUGUGUAGCGUAGAAAGUAAUGAAACCAUAUUUCUUUUUGUUUACACUUGUUAAAAUAGUUUACUUUAAAAAAAUAAAAAUGAAUGAAUAAAUAAAUAAAAAAAUCAACAAACAAAACUAUCUCAA